AUGUUGAGCAGAUCUGAGGUUGCAAAGCAUACCACCAUCAAUAAUUGUUGGGUUAUCAUCAACGACAAAGUUUAUGAUGUUACAGAGUUUCUCAAGAAACACCCUGGAGGAGCGAGUAUCAUUCUUGCACAUGCAGGUCGUGAUGCCACUAAGGCAUUUGAAUCCAUUCAUCAAGCGGAGAUAAUUGAUCAGAACCUUGGGCCAGAGAAAAACUUAGGUGUCGUUGCCCAAGAUGACACUAGCAACAGACAGGCCGACUCAGUAAUUGAGUCAUCUCGACCAAAGCCUAAGCUAUCAUCUAUCAUUAGUCUUUCUGACUUCGAACAUGCUGCUUCAAAGAGUCUUCCCGCCAGUUCAUUUGCAUUCCUAAAAUCCGGUGCUGAAGAUGAGUAUGCAUGCAACUGGAAUCGCGAUAGCUGGAAGGCGAUUCGUUUCCGGCCCCGUGUCCUACGACCAAUUUUGAAUGUUGACAUUUCAUCCACUCUCCUGGGAACAAAGUUCUCUGCGCCUUUCUUUAUUUGCCCAGCAGGAGGUGCAAAGCUAGCCAACACCAAGGGCGACUUGUGUCUAGUGAAAGCUGCUGCCCGUCAUGGAAUCCUACACUGGGUUUGUAACAAUUCAGCCAUUUCCCAGCAAGAUAUGGCCGAUUCACGUGUACCAGAUCAAACAUUAUACUGGCAGAUUUACGCUAUGACUGACUUGGAAGUCACUGAAAGACAAAUCAAGGAAGCUGUCAAGCUGGGAUACAAAGGUUUCGCAUUGACCGUUGACGCAAUUCGAGCCGGAAAGCGAGAGCGAGAUUUACGGGUGGCGUCCUUGGAGACAGACCAAGAUGACGAUGAUGACCUGGAAAGCGAGGAAAACUUUGCAAAAGAGCCAACUGUCCAGCGACCCCCCGUCUGGUCGAGUUUCGACUGGAAAUCUUCUAUUGAAUGGCUCCGAAAAAUGACAAGUCUCCCUAUUGCCGUCAAGGGUAUUCAAUGUUGGGAGGAUGCACUGUUGUGCAUGGAAUAUGGAGUACACCCAUGGCUCUCCAAUCACGGUGGUCGCCAAUUGGACGGAGCACCAUCUGCCGUGGAUACUCUCUUGUCCAUUCGAAAGCAUUGUCCCGAGGUGUUUGACAAAUGUGAGGUUGUCGUCGAUGGCGGCGUUACCCGAGGCUCUGACAUAGUCAAAGCUCUUGCACUUGGCGCGAAGGGCGUUGGGAUCGGAAGACCAUUCUUAUACUCUCUCGUAUUUGGGGAGGCUGGACCAAGCAAAGCUAUUCGAAUCUUGAAGCAUGAGAUUGAGACUACCAUGGCAUUGUUGGGUGUGACAUCACUCGAUCAGUUAAAUCCAUCUUAUGUUGAAACUUCUGGAUAUCCCCAUGUACGAUCAGUCCUGUGA